CUUGCCUUCCUGCUGCCCUCACCCUCUACGCCCCUCUCCCUCCCUGCCAUCCCGAUACAAUUCUCCUCUCCAGCUGGGUUCGUGAAGUCGCCACUGUCUGAGACUAAGCUGACGGGGGACACCUUCGAGCUGUACUGCGAGGUGGUGGGCAACCCCGUUCCAGAGAUCCAGUGGUGGUAUGCCGAGAUCAAUCGAGCCGACUCCUUCAAGCAGCUGUGGGACGGAGCCCGCAAGCGCCGAGUAUCCAUCAACACGGCCUACGGCACCAAUGGAGUCAGCGUGCUCGGCAUCACACGCCUUACACUGGAGGACUCUGGGACCUAUGAGUGCCGGGCCAGCAACGACCCCAGGCGCAACGACCUCCGACAAAACCCUGCCAUCACCUGGAUCCGUGCCCAGGCCACCAUUUCAGUGCUGCAGAAACCAAAGAUCAAUGCAUCUGAUCAGACCAUCAUGUCAUUGGGCACCCCGGGCAAACCAGUAACCCUGAAGUGCAACCUCACCACUGCCCACACACCACACAAGGAAAGCUUCUGGAUGAAGAAUGGACGUGAGAUCCCGAAUACAAGAACAGAACAGAGGACCACAGAGUACAGAAUCAUUAAGCCACGAGCGGAUGAUUCCGGAGAAUACAUGUGUGUUUACACAUUUGACAUGGCACCAAAUGCAAAUGCAACAAUUGAAGUAAAAGCAAAACCUGACAUCACUGGCCACAAGCGAAGUGAAAACAAAAACGAGGGGGAAAACGCCAUGCUUUACUGCAAGUCUGUCGGUUACCCCCAUCCCACUUGGACAUGGCGAAAAGUGGAUGGAACCUCUUACAAGGAUAUUGACAACUCAACUGGACGUUUCUUCAUCACUAACAGAGACAACUACACAGAGCUCAACAUACUGAAUCUGGAUAUAAACACAGAUCCUGGAAUAUAUGAAUGCAAUGCCACCAACGUGAUUGGAAACACUACUGAGACCACUAUACUACGAGUGCGCAGCUAUCUGGCACCACUUUGGCCUUUCCUGGGAGUGCUGGCCGAAAUUAUUAUCCUAGUAGUCAUUAUAGUCGUGUAUGAGAAACGCAAGAGGCCAGAUGACUUCAUCGAUGAUGAUGAACCAGUUGGACCCAUGAAGACAAAUUCAACAAAUAAUCACAAGGACAAAAAUAUUCGUCAGAGGAAUACAAAA